AUGGCCAGAGUGGUCGUUCGUCUUCAGGCGUAUUUAGCAGCACUAGACCCGCGCUACCCAGCCCUUCUGGCGCGGGCAGAGGCCACAGCAACAGUGGUGACGAACGCGUCCCUGGAGCCAUGGGAGGCCAGUCUGUCGUCACAGCUGUACUACGUGAUGGUAAUGCUCUUCCGCGAUGCUGCUCAGGGCGAGAUGUCUACCGUUCCCCCCGGGGAGGGUCUGGAGGCGCGGCGGCAAGCCAUCCUCGACUGGGACCCGAAGAUCCGGACGAGGAAGGCGGGGUUGCUAAUCAAGGUCCUCACUGCAAAAUUCUCUGGGGGCAUCCCGCAGUCUCUCGACCAGUUUGAGCAUCUGGUUCGCGAGUGCGAAGGACAGGCGGGGAAACCUUUCGAUGAGGACCUUGAGAUUGGCAUUGUGAUUGUCAACAUGGUAGACACGACCGUCCAGCAGCGCUUAGUAAAGAACUCCGCCAGACUGGAGACGUGGAUGGCCAUGAAGGAGGUAUUCCUUGAAAUGGCUGGAACAGAGCAGCACCUGAACUCUCAACCGAGGCCGAUGGAACUCGGCGCAACGCCAAAAGGCAAGAAGGGAGACGGGAAAAGGCAAGAAGGGGGGCGGAAAAGGCAAAGGGGGAGACGGGAAGGCAAAGUAAAGGGCUCAGAGCCCAAGGGGAAGGCGAAGGUAGGAGCAGCUGAGAAAGACUGUUGGUACUGUGGCAAGAAAGGCCACAUCGCCGCAGAGUGCAAGAAGAACGCCAAAGACGCCAAGGGCAAGAAGAAGCUGGCAGCAACCCCGGAACUACCGGGAGGCAGCGACACUGCGGCUCCGCGCGCCGCCUUGUUGCUGGACCGUGACGAGGGACCGAAAAGGGUGAUGGCGGACGCCGGAGCGGGAGCAUCCGUGUGCCCCACGUCCUUCGACGCUGCCGCCACGGCAGACGCGUCUGUCAAGCCUGCGGCGCCUGCGACAGCCACAGGAGAGGAGGUCCGCCUACGAGACGGCAGGUGGUCCCACCUGCAAGCCGCCGACGGCGCGGGGGUCGCGUUGAGGCACAGCUCCAGUGAACAGGUGACAGUGCCUGUGGUGUCUGCGUCGGACGCCUGCGACGCAGGGAACUGGUUGGUUUUCGGCCCCAUGGGUUCAGAAGGAGGCCGGGCGAAGCAGAUUCCAUUUGCAGUCACGCAGGCUGAAUGGGACUCCCAUCAGCUCACACACCAGCCAUUUAGGUCGCGGCGUGACCACUGCGCGUCAGGGAAGGCCACGGAGGACCCCCACGCGCUGCAGGAACUAGAGGCUGAGGGAGCAGUGCCCAGGAUCAGCGUUGAUUAUCGUUUCUUGACGUCCAAAAGAGACGAGCAGGAGAUGCACGCAGUGCUGAACGUCUUGGACGCUAAGUCCGGAGGGCCGCUUCCAGGCAUGGUGAACCAGAAGGGCGAAGACGACUACGCUCUAGCACUGAUGAGCGAAGCUGUGCGCUUCUGCGGGCGCACGAGAAUGUUGCUGCUUUCUGAUGGCGAGAGGCCAAUCAAUCGUCUGGUCGACGUUUUCAUCGAGACGCGCAGCAGCAAACAUAGCGCGUCAAAGCGUAACACGCCGAAGGGAUCCUCACAGAGCGCUGGUCUCAUCGAGCGUAGUAACUACGAGGUGGAGAAACAGUACAGGGCUUUGAAGCACAGGCUUGAGUCCGUGUACAAACAGGUGUUUCCUCUCAGCGACAAAAUCCAGCCGUGGCUCGUUCGCCAUGCUGGAUGGUUGCUGGUUCGUUUUCUGGUGAAAGCAGACGGUAAAACUCCCUACAGCCAGUCGUUCGGGAAGGACAACAACGGCGAGAUAAUGGAAUUUGGUGAGUGCGUGCACCACAAGUCGCCGCUAUCCUCCGUGGGGAAGGCAGACGACAGAACGAUCGCUGGACUGCCAACGCUGCACGAGCCCGGCCUCGUAGCGGCAGCUGCGGGCACAGCAGUUGCCGAAUUACCUCCGUUCAUCCAUGGAAGGGGGGAUCCAGAAGUGGCCCCUAUCAACGUGGAUUGGAGCAAGGAGUACUUCUCCACGAAGGCCGGCGUGAAGCUGGGCCCACAGAAGGCGUGCGAAGCCAAGAUCAAGGAGAUGAGGGACAUCGACGCUUACGAAGUGAAGCAAGAGGGUUUCGUCAUGAUCGUGGUUGUGCCGAUGGUGUUCGUGCAUCACGAGUUGGACAUCAGUCUCGGGUGUCACGGUGACGAUUUUCAGGCAGAGGCAGAGAAGGAAGCGUUAGACGAGCUUGACAAGAUCAUGCAACGCCACUUUGAGGUCAAGAUCCCCCCUCGCAUCGGAUCGCCAGAGCACGGAGGGCAAGCCGCGGAGCUGAAGCACCUCAAGCGAACGAUCCGGUGGAGACUAGUCUUCAGGACAGCGGCUGGCACCCUGCAGUACCUGGCAGAGGAUGUCCCGAGUGUUAAGUUCACUACGAGCACGGUCACGGAGGGGAUGACGACGCCUACGAAGAUGCACGCGUUGCGUCUGCACCGGUGCGUUCGUUACCUCCUUGAUCAUCCCAGCGAGAUCUGGAUCUUCGCGUACCAGAAGAUGCCGACGCAUCUGACUGAGCAUUGCGAUUCUGAUUGGGCCGCCGACAGAGAGACGAGGAAGAGCAUGUCAUGUGUAGUUGAACGUUUUGGAGAGCACUUGAUCGACAUGAGCGCGUCCACUAAACAGUCACUGCUUGCGCUGAGCUCUGGGGAGGCAGAGUUCUAUGCCAUCAUCAAAGGCGCGGCGACGGGUGUCCAGACGACGCAGAUCAUCGAGGCGUUGACGCGUCUGCCGUGCAAGUUG